UGUGUCAAUGGACCUUGAAGGAAUAAAAAAACGCAAUUGGGAUAUGUUGCAGUCGGAGAAAUUUUCGGAUUGUAGUUUUUUAGUUGGUUUGGAAACAUCAAAUCAAAAAAUAUUUGCAGCACAUAAACUAAUAUUGGCAACGGCUUCACCUGUUUUUGAAGCAAUGUUUUAUGGUGAUCUAGCUGAAAAAAGUUAUCCCAUUCCUAUACCAGACAUUCAGCCGGACAUUUUCCAAGACAUGUUAAAAUUUAUUUACUCGGAUUGUUUUGAUAUUAGUUCAUCCAACGUGGCUCUUCAAUUAUGCGCCGUAGGCAAAAAAUAUUUAUUGGUAGAUAUGGUAAAAAAAUGUUGCGAUUAUAUUUAUUCCAAAUUGAAUUGGGAAAAUGCCUGUGAAGCUUAUGAAUUUGCAGUACUUUACGAUGAAAAGAAUUUGAAGCGUAGAAGUAUGGAAAAUAUAGCGGGUUAUGCUGGUAGAGUUUUAGCUGGACGCAAUUUUACAAAUAUUAAAAUGAGCACCUUGUUGGAUAUUUUGGAUAAAGAUUAUUUGAAUAUCCCUGAAUGCGAGUUAUAUAACGUUGUAUUACGUUUUCCUUAUAAAAAGAAAACAACUGUUAUUAUUAAUAAGGAACUAUGUGAUGAUUCUGAUAAUGAUUCAGACAUUGAUGGCGUGUUUGAAAAUGAAAAAAAAAUUAAAGAAGAUUUCAGUCAUCUUGAAGGUGAGGAACUUGAUCUUUUUACGAAGGCAUUGAAGAAAGUUCGUUAUCUUUCAAUGACACCUACGGAGUUUGCUGAAGGUCCUGCAAAUAGUCCACACAUAAAACCGCAUGAAGGAUUGGCAAUUUUUAAAAUAAUCUGUAGUCCAUACAAUGAUCAUUUUCCUGUACCAGAAGGUUUUUGCGGUUCUCGAAGAAGACACAAUGCAAGAAAUGAUAAUAAUAUUCGAUUCUGUGUUGCAUGCAAUUUGAAACAUUAGUGUGCGCUCUUUUUUAAUUGAAAAAAUAAAUUCCAAUUUAUUAGGAAAUGUAUUAUAUAAUCGCAUUCAUAGAUAAGCGUGAAUUAAAAAAUAUCGGUCCUUUUAGUUUUAGUAAAUAUGUAUUACACUAAAGAAUAUACCAUUUUUGAAAGAAAAGCUAUAAAUGAAAUGGCAAUUUUUUAUACACCUCACGAAAAAUAAUAUAUGUAAUUAAUGGACAUUGUAAAACAAAACAUUUAUUUCUGAGAUUCCAAUUCUAUAAUACUUCUUAAAAUAAAACAAAACCUAAAACAUAA